AUGGACUCAAAAAAGAGAGAUGAGGUGGCAAUUAGUAGGGAUGCCAAGGCCAAUUAUGAUGACAAAGGAAAGGCUGUUGAAGGUGCUCCUCCUCCACCUCCUCCACCUGUUGUAGUUACCACAAAAGCUACCAAAAUCCGGAAUAUCAGAGGAAAGAAAGGUCUGGCAAUUAUAGACUUCGUGCUGAGGCUCGGCGCCGGUUCAGCUGCUCUUGCUGCUGCUUACAUUUCAGGGAAUACUGAACAGAUUCUUCCCUUCUUCACACAGUUCUUCCAGUUCCAUGCUCAGUACAAUGAUCUUCCAACUUUCACGUUUUUUGUGGCUGCAAAUGCAGUGGCUGGUGGAUACAUAGCCGUCUCCUUGCCCUUCUCGAUAGUCUGCAUCAUUCGACCUCAUGCAAUAGGGCCAAGGCUACUACUUGUUUUCCUUGACACAGUUAUGGUUGCUCUAGUUAUGUCUGCAGCUGGCGCUUCUUCAGCAAUUGUAUACUUGGCUCAUAAUGGGAACUUGAACUCCAACUGGCUUGCUAUUUGCACGCAAUAUACUGACUUUUGCCAGGCGCUUAGUGGGGCUCUUGUGGCUUCGUUUGUCGCUGCAGUCUUUUUCAUGUUGCUGGUGGUGAAUUCUACUUUUGCUCUAAAAAGAAAAUGA